UACCUUCUUCAUAACCACACAUGCUAAUCAUCUGAAUUGCCACGCCAAACAAGAAAGGUUUGAAUAUCCGAAUCACACAUGUAUAUUUAUUGGAGAAUUCUGGACUAUAGAUAUUUCUACAUUUUUGUUAUAGUUUAAGAAGAGGCAAAUUUAGCUAUGGCAUUUUUCAAGAGCUUUCAGCAAAGCCUUCCAUCUAUGUCUUCUAUUGGAGACACUCUCAGUAAUGCUCUCAGUACUGCUGUCGAUGGCUUGGCGAGUGCUGUUGAAGGGGUUAGUUAUACUGUGGCAGAUUCAGUCACUGAGCAGGUUACAAGUAUGAUGCAAGGGUUACGUACAGAGGAUCAGGACAGUUAUAUGGCUCAGGCUAAUAAAAUGAAAGAGGAAACACAAAAUCCUCAAGAUACGUUGCAGUACAAUUAUGGAACUAACUCUAGUCAACCACCCAUGGAUUCUAAUGGAGCUGAGUCUUCCUUUAAUACAUAUCAUACGUCAUCUGAUCAUAACAAGAAUGAAGGGAAAUCCAACUUUAAUGGCAGUUCCCGCAGACGUGAAUGUCACUCCGAAUUUGUAUCCAAUGAAUUAUAUGCUGGUAAAGGCCCUGAGUCAGAAGGAAGAGGUCAGGUGAGUCACACGUAUCAGACUGCAGAAGAGUGUGAACAAGCACAUGGAAACCAGAAUGGGGAUCACUCUAAUUACAUGAAUAAACAUGAACAAAGGAACAUGGAUGGAAAAGAGAAAAAGGGGAGAUCAAAACACUCAUAUCAAAAAUCUACAGAACAUAAGUCAAAUGAUCAAGAUAGAGCAUAUAAAAAUACAGAUGAUGUUUCUGAUCGUCCUUUAAGAAAAAAUCGACUGAGGUCAUCUAGACAUAACAGUGACUUAGAAACUUCUCCUCUGCCUGCUAGAGGGGAGAAAGGAGACCGCAGACAGGCAAAGAUUAAUCAAGUUCAUCAGGCAAAUACUGCAUCGCCUAAAAAGCACAAAAGCCAACGUGAGGAUCCCAGAAAAGCACAUGAAGCCAGUCCUGUUAUUAGCAGCAAAGACAGCACAAAUAAAGAGAAACGUCUUCACCGGAGUAAGGAAAGACCUUCAGAGCAUUCAGAAGACACCAUAAAGAAAGCAUCAAGGAAAGGUAAUCCCAUCUCUGUCUCUGCGUGAAGUGCAUCAACUCUUCUGAGCUGUCUUCCAGUUCUUGUGUUAAAUGCUUUCACUUCAACUUCACUUUAAGUAUUCUUCAGAAAGCUUUUUUUUCUUCUUCUUCAAGGAAUUUAAUCUCUGGGGCCAAUGACAACAAUUGUUUUAAUUUAUGUGUGUGGAGGAGUCUACAAAUGGAAGAGUGGAAAAUGAGUGAUGUAGUGUUGUGUAACUAGUUGAGAUGUGUGUGCAACUGCAUUUGUGACUUUCCCCUUCUAGCUGUCAGAUGUUACGUUGUACCGGGUUAAAGGUCUAAGUGCACAUUUGCUCUUUGCUUUUGUUGUAGUUUAUUUAUAGUUGCAGUGUGGUGUGUCCUCAUUACAUGGGAAGAUUUUGUCUAAUUCCUAAAGUUUAGCUUUGAAGUAACCAGCCAGUUAUAUAAAAAGGUAGUUGGUAAGGUUGAAUAAAGAAACUG